CUUCGUGUUCGCGGUUCGCCGUCGUCGACCGUGCCUGACUUUUUCGCGUUCAGUUCAUUGAUUGAUUCGGCCCAGCUCGGAGCAACGGGUGUUUGCGUAACUACUCGCGGUAGUUUCGGUGACCAAAGUCUAGUGUUUUCCCGGUGAAUUUACCUGCCUUGAUGUUGAGAAGGAUGAGCGCCAAGAAGGGAUUGGAAUUUCUGCGGGCAGUUUCAAGCUACAUGACCAAAACCAAUGGCUACGAUCGGUGUUUACAGCAGCUCAAAAUCGUCAGCGGCGGCGACGGCAAGUGCCAAGCCGAGUUCAAGGUGGCCGAGGAACAGCUGAACCGGGCGGGGGGCCUCCACGGAGGCUUCACCGCGACCAUUGUGGACGUGGUCACCACCUACGCACUGAUGACCAAAGACAACUGCCUGCCGGGCGUUUCCGUUGAUAUUCACGUGACGUACCUGAAGGGAGCCCGCGAGGGCGAUGAGGUGGUCAUCGAUGCCAACACCAUCCGAGCCGGUAAGAAUUUGGCCUUUUUGGAGUGCGAACUGAGGCACAAGCGCGACAAUUCGAUCAUUGCGCGGGGUCAGCACACGAAGUACAUCGGAACGGGCGGCGCGAAGACGAAAGAGUAGGCUUUUUUUCGGGUUAGUAGUAGUUCAGGUUUUAUCAUGGUUUUAUAAUGGGUUUUAGCCAAAAAAAGGUGUGUUAUUGGCAUCACUGACAGUUGUUUCAAGCAUUUUUAUGAUUGAAUUCAAAAUACAGGGUAGUUUGAAGUUUAUUAGCGGUGCAAAAAACCAUGAUAAAAUCUGAGCCAGGGUAGUCAUCUCAAUAAUCGUAGAAAAAAUAACACACCAGGACGGAAUCGUUCGAAAAGAGAGUAAAAGUAGUUAAUUGUUUUUUAUUAAUUCAAUUCUGUUUGUGUUUUUUUUGUUUUCUGGUUUUCGGUUUCAAUGUGAAGUACCGCGGAUCCUCUCUGCUAAAACUGGUUGAACGUACUACAUCAUAUGUAUUCUGCUGGCUUAAAGUCUAAA